GAAACUAGACAGGAAGACUGAUCCAGAUCGAUGAGACUAAAGUAAAGGACCACCUCUGGACCUUGCGACGGCAUUUUUCCCCCGUCUUCUUUAAGCCUUUAUUCCUCAUUACGCACACUUUUCCAAACCGAGAAGAUGCCCAAAUCCUCASCGCGCGUUUCCCCCCGGCCCUGUCUGUGGCUGGCAUCUCUGAUUAUUUUGGUGAUGCAAUCAGUGCUSUCUUCUUCCUACUCUUCCCCCUCUUCGUACCAGAGACCUCCUGCAGCUGGCGGGAAGCGGCCGGGCUUCAUGGGGAGGACGCUGGUCCUGCUGGACGUCAACACCCGCAGUCCGAUGAGAGUCCUCAACGACAACUUCCUUUCGCUGCAGUUGGACCCCUCAAUCAUCAAGGACGGCUGGCUGGACUUUCUGAGCUCCAAGCGGCUCGUGACCCUGGCGCGCGGCCUGUCGCCAGCUUUUCUCCGUUUCGGCGGAAAGCGAACCGAUUUCCUGCAGUUCAACAACCAGAAGAACCUCGCCAAGUUCAGAGGACCAGGGCCGGACUACUACCUGAAGAACUACGAGGACGACAUAGUGCGCAGCGAUAUCGCCUUGGACAAACAGAAAGGCUGCAAAGUGGCCCACCACCCUGACAUAAUGCUGGAGCUGCAGAGGGAGAAGGCGGCCGCCACGCAGCUCGUCCUGCUGAAAGAGCAGCUCUCCAACAUCUACAGCAACAUUACAAUAACAGCCAGGUCUUUAGACAAACUGUACAACUUUGCCGACUGCGCUGGUCUUCACCUGAUCCUGGGGCUCAACGCGCUACACAGAAACCCCGACAACUCCUGGAACACCUCCUCCACYCUGAGCCUCCUGAAGUACGGUGCUGGCAAGAAGUACAACGUCUCCUGGGAGCUGGGCAACGAGCCCAACGCCUACCGCAGCAUGGUGGGUCGCUCAGUGAACAGCACCCAGUUGGCUCAGGACUACACCAAACUGCGAAGCCUCCUGCAGUCUGUGCGCUACUACCACCGAGCUCACCUCUUUGGCCCCAACGCAGGACGACCCCGGAAGAACGCGAUCCUGCUGCUGGAUGGGUUCAUGAAGAACGCCGGCUCUGUUGUAGAUGCUGUUACGUGGCAACAUUAUUACAUGGACGGUAGAGUAAACAAAGCCGAGGAUUUUCUAAAAACCCAUCUUUUGGACACAUUGACAGAGCAGAUCACUAAAGUUGCCAAGGUUGUGAACACACAUGCUCCGGGUAAGAAGGUGUGGCUAGGGGGUUUGGGUCCAGCAUGGACUGGAGGCAUCAAUAAUCUCUCUGACACAUACGCUGCCAGCUUUCUGUGGAUGAACACGCUGGGUGUGGCAGCUGUGCAAGGCAUUGAUGUGGUUUUGCGUCACUCGUUCUUUGACUAUGGAUACACACACCUCGUGGACCAGCAGUUUAACCCUUUACCUGAUUACUGGUUCUCCCUGGUCUUCAAGCGUCUGGUUGGUCCCAGGGUCUUAGCUGUCCGUGUGGCUGGGCUGCAGAGGAAGCCACAACCAGGGCGAGUCAUACGGGACAAGCUACGCAUCUACGCACACUGUACCAGCUACGACAACCAUAACUAUGUGAGGGGGUCCAUAACAAUCUACAUAAUCAACCUGCAUCGGUCGAGAAAAAAAAUCAAGUUGGCGGGAACGUUACGGAACAAGACUGUCCACCAGUACCUGCUGCAACCCCACGGCAAGGAUGGACUCAAAGCCAGACACGUCGAGCUGAACGGCGAGAAGUUGCUCAUGCCGGACAGCGAGACAUUCCCGGAGCUGAAGCCUAAAACUUUGAGGGCUGGUCGGACGAUAGCCAUGCCCCCGAUGACCAUCGGCUUUUAUGUCAUCAAAAACAUUAAUGCGUACGCCUGCCGGAGAUAACAGCAACUUUUUAAAUCACAGAACCACCCGUCCUGUUGACUGUUAAAAAAAAGGCAAGAAGAAGAAAGGAUGUUGAUGACUUUUUUUGUGUGACUUAUCACAUGGACACCACGACUCUUCUGGGUAAAUAUCAGCCUUUUAGGAUUUUUGUAAUAUUUAAGAACAUCUGCAGUUUUCACUUUUAUUCAAAGAAAGAUUUUUCUGUGAUGCAUACGGGAGAGCCGCACUGCUGAACACUUUUUUUUGUUAUUGUUAUUUUUAUUUUACCAGCAAUUCCUCAAAAGCUACAAGACUUAUGUGAACCUGAUUAAUUCUGGGAGUGUAUUGAUGACAUUUGUGUUUAGUGGUUAGCGAAACACAAAAUCAAGAAAACAAAACAGAGUAUUUGCCUGCAUAUUUUUGGGCUUUUGUUGCCAUUUUUCGCUGAAAUGCUCUAAAACUGAAUGGAAAGUUUUGAAGUAGGGGGAGUUUUUGAACACUUUGAAUUAGAAAGUUUUCAUGGUCAUUAAGGAAUUUAUAAAAAAAAAGAAUCACUUGAAAAUUUAGGACAAUUUAAACAAACUUUGUCGUAGUCAAAUAAUGAGAUCAACACACAUUUUGAUGAAAGUUACUCAUUUAUUAGCCUAAUUUAACACAUAACGAUGACACCACUGCGUCAUUAUGGAUCACAAAACUUUUAGAGAACAAACAGAUUGUGAACAUUUCUAUARCUCUUAUUGCAGGUACAGCAGUCAAGAUUGUGCUAAAAUAUAAUUUCCCCCAACUAUGUUUAAAAUUACUGUUAAGAGCCAACCCUUUACAGAUUAAAUUCAAGGUUUAUUCUGGUAAAUUCCUGUUAAAUCUCAUUAAUACCAAUGAAAUGUUUCCAACUUUGAAAAUUUAUUGUAUUUUACGAACUUUUUUAUCAGACCAUGAUAAAAAAAAAAAACAUUUUAAAAUGUGAUUGUGUGUUCCUGCUUGAAUUACUCUGUGUGUUUGUGUAUAAACGUUUAAAGCUACUGAUGUCUGUUCAGCCUCGAAGCUGAACGGCUGAGAGAAUAUUUUUCCUCCCUUGUUGUAUCAAAGGGCUCGUGUUGAGAAUGUGCGUUUGUUGUUUUGUAUUUUUGUGUGUGUUUCAGUUCACCUGCAGAGGAUAACAGUCAUGAUGAUCCUUAAGCUCAUUUUUCAGCGAAAGCUGAUGAUUAUUACAAACUUUCCGUGUCCACACCUUGUUUUACCCUUACAGUUAAAAAGUUGUAUUCUGUUUUUUUACAAGGUGUAUUUUUAACAUACCUUUUAUACUUUCUCUGUCUGAUCUUCAUUUGCUGCUACUUUUCUUUUGUAUGGAAUAUAUAUUAUAUAUUUUACAUUUUUGUACAGAUUUAAUACCAUAUAUAUAUUUUUAGAUAAUGUACAUAAAAGUAUAAAGAGAUUUAAGCUUGAUAUUCAGCAUACACCUAAUUUAUAUGAUAAAAUACUUUACCUUGAGCUYUGUUUUUACUGAAAAAUCCCAGUUUUGUUAGAUUUAGGUUAUUUGGAUGCUAAAAUAAUGUCUAAAUAUUUCUCGGAAUGUAUUCAUUGAAUACAGAUAUUGUGCUACAAAACAAUAAUGUUUGGUCUAUGGUACAAGGUGCAGCUUUAUUUUGUACUUUUAUAAUGUUUUGACCAAUUUAUUUCAAGAUGUUUUUUCCCCUAGAAAUUUAGUCAUCUGAACCCAACAGUUCUGUUAUUUGCCUCUGAAUGUGUUUAUAUUUUAUGUAGAGAUGUUCAUAUUUCCUUAUGAGAGUCUUAUUUUAAUAUGUAAAGUGUGUCUACGUUAUUUUUGUUUUUAAAAAAAAGGUUUACACAGAUAAUAAACACCUGCAAAUACUAAA